AACCUGUUGGUGCAUUCAUUGCAAUGAAUCAAGCCAUCGACUGACUGGCAGCCCUACGACAUGCCCAUGGACUCGAGGAAUUCCCGGGCCGACAUUCCCUUGGCGGCCUCCUCAAGCUCGGCAAACGAUCGCGGCCGACGACCCAGACCACCACCGCCACUGCGAGUGCCGAUACUCACAGCAGGAUCGGCUGGAGCAGGUGCUGCUGCUGCGGCGGCUGAUGGUUCUGAUGGUUCCGAUGGCGGUUGGGCUCCGCCUGCCGGUUGGCCGCCACCCGAUCGACGGCCACCGACGGCCGCUUGAGGGUGAGGCUCCUCCAUAUCCCACAUUUCCCAACACAACUCGUUAACCAGGUCCUGACACACAUGUCAUAUGGAUUCGAUUCAUGCAUUGGUGUCAGUCAGGAGAGUGAGAGUGGGAGUGAAGUGACUGACUUACAUCCCAUAUUUCGUUGGCAACGAAAUCCUUUAGUGCGGUGGCCUCAAUGUCGCGGUACUCGUACCACACGUCCUUGUCUGACGGAAGGAGGAGGAUACACCAACAGAGAGACAGAGACAGCGGAGCCAUGGUGUGUGUUGGAUGGCCAUGAUGAGUGCAUGGUCGAUAUGACUGACUGACUUACAGUCGCUGGUCUGAUCCUCUCUGAACGGCCGCAUCUCCAGCGGAGGCUCAGUGGUGCGGCCCAUCAUGCUGGCUUCAUAUCGCCCCGCCUCAUCUGCAGACACAGCCACACACGCACACCACCGACGAGGGAAGAGAGAGAGAGAGAGAGAGAGAGAGAAGUGAGGCGCCAAAUGCGGUGUGCUGUGCUGUGCAGUGGCUGGCUGACUGGCUAGUCUGCCCACCUUGUCCCAUUGCGGCCGCCUCUAUUCGGUGUUGGUCGUCGCCCGGCUUGAUGCAGGAUAUCAACUACACGCACGCAGAUGAUAUAUAUCGAUAGGGACACCGAACGACACGGAUGGAUGGAUGAGUGCUUUCUUCUCUUCGUGUUUCUCCACUGCCUUGCCUUGCCCCCGACAUAUGCUCACCCACCUCUUCCUUGAUGUGGUUCCAUUUCUUGUUGAAUGGGCGAGUGGGGUGGUUGGUGAUCUCUCUUCGAUACUGAGCCAACCAGACAGACAAAGGCACCGCACCCAGAUGAAUGAAUGCUCAUUCCCGAAUGUGAAGAUGUGAUGUCUGCACCUACCUGGUUGAUGAGUGCCUCCGUGAGCGAGAGCACCAGGUUGAUGAAGGGCUUGUCCACCGCCAGGACGGGCAGCACCUGCUCGCUCUUGGUCGGAUUCACAUUCGCCUCAGCGGCAGCACGGACCAUCGCCGAGCUCUCAACCCCCUCGUCCUCCUCAUCGCCAUACUCGUCAUAGUCGUGCAGCAGACGCCGGCCCCCACGACCCCUCUUCUCGUAAGCUGGCGCGUUGAGCUGCUUCCGCGCGAUGUCAUCCCACUCAGGGGACAGACGGCCGCACCAUGCGGGAGAGAGCUCGGACUGGCCUGCGCCCGGCCCUUGCCUGGACUUGCGCUCGCCGAUUUCCUGGAGGCGCCUGCGGGAACUGACGAGGUGGUUGACGAGGCCCUUCCAGUUGAUGCGGAGACAGGCGGGGAGGGGCGGGGCCGAUGGCGACUGAGACAUCACAUAGCGGUGAGAGAAAUCCGCCGUCAGGGGGGCGAUCUGAUCAGCCACAGCACAAGACCAGAGACACUCGAGAGUGAGGUCUUGAUUCAUGUGUGCGUUGCGUGUUUUGGCCGGAGCAUCUAACCUCACUGAUUCCGAAGGUUUCCAGCACGAAGUCGAACACGCCUGCCGCCAUAUUGGCGGUGCAUUGGAUAGGCAAACGAUGCCACUGACACACACACAGACGACAUCAUAGCCACAGAUGGGAAGGCUCACGUGGCCACCCGCGAGAUCGAUGCCGUCAGUGGGGUGGUUGCGUACCGUUCCCUGGUGGUUGAGGUGUGCCUCCCGGACGGCAGCCACGACGCAGCGAUUGAUCUCCCGGUCGAUCAGGUCAUACGCCACCAAUGCCAUGUCAUCAACCCAGUCAGGACCAUCCUCCUGACACACACACAAACACACUCAUCCAUCCAUCCACUGGACACCGUGGGCGGUGUUCGUUCCUGUGUCACCUCCCACCCCCACUGACCAGGUUGGCGUCUCUGAUUUGUGGGUAGAACAUGUCCAAAGCCUCGUUCUGCCUCGUGAGUCGCUCGUCCUCCUGCACCUGGACCGCUGGCCGCGGUAUGGCCGGUCGUGGUGUGUCCAGCCCCAUGAGCUCGGCCCCCAAGCCGCCACCCUCCUCCCUGUUCUCACGCUCCCAGUCCUCCAUCCACUCGUCACGGUCACGCAGAUUGACGUCAUGGUCGGGGGCGGGCGUGCCUGCAAUACACCAUACACAGACACACACAGAGCAGCGUAUGUGUUUGCAGCACGAGAGUGCCAUGUGCUGGUGGAGUUACCUGGUCGUCCGAUGGAGAGGGCGUACUCGACACGUCUCUCGGGUGUGUCCACCUCAUCCGGCCUCGCUGUGGGGAGAGUCGGCGCCUGCAUAAACGUGACGGAAACACACAGCGAGAAAUUCAUUGACGCAUUUGUGACGUCAGCAUUCUUCCAUUCUGACCUCCGAGUCGACGACUGUGUCUGCGUGAUGCUCCUCCUGCCCGGGUCGGUCCUCACCCUCGCCCUCCUCCGCUUCCACGUGGAUGUCCUCCUCUAUCUCUUCCGGGGGCGGAGCCUCCCGCUGGACCACUGAAGGGGCCUCUGCCUCUGGGGCGGCUUGCUCGGCCUAAACAGAGAAAAACAGCCACGGUCAAACACCAUCACAGUCACCCUUCACAAGGACACAUACACAGCCUCUUCUAGGCCCGCUCACCCGUGCUGGCAUUUCCGACUCUCUCUGGUCUUCUUGUUCGGCCGCCGGUGGCUCCUCCACAUUCACGUCCUCCGGCCGCACCACUUGCUCACCGGCACGGGCCUCCGCUGUAUCAGCCUCCAACUCAGCAGGCGCACGACGAGGCACCCCACGGGCAACGGGAGACGCCUAUCGAUCCAACAUAGACAAAGACAAAUAGACGCGUGUGGCGUGGAAGGCGCAGAUGUACCCACCUACCUCGUCAGGCUCGAAUUCCUCCAUUUCUUCCAUCUCUCUCUCGUGCAGGGCCGCCGUAUUCGCCGGUGGCUCGGGGGCCGUCGGCUCAGGCUGGGGGAGGGUGAUGUCACCGUGCCUCGGUGGGCCCUCAUCGGUCACGUCACCGGCCGGUAGAGCAUCACUGCUGGGGCCCUCGGCCUCGUCGUCAGCAUCCUGCACAAACGCAGACACAAGCCAGUACACAACGUGUGUGUGACCCAAGUAGGUCGGUGCAUUCAUUCAUGAGUCGGGGUGCUUCGCACCCCUGAUGCCUACCUCCCCAGACGGCAGCUCUUCAGGAAUCGACUCGGGUAUCUCGCUCUCCUGCCGCUCGACGCCCCGUCCCUCACCCUCCGAUGCGAAGCUCGAUGAGUAGUCCUCACUGGGCUUCUUGGGCAGCACCAGGUGCGGCGCCACGGGCAGCGGCCUCUCCACCACAUGCUGGGGCUGGCCAGAUGCGGCGGCAGAAGCUGCUGCCGGCGCCUCUCCCUCUUGACCUUCCUCCUCCUUGUCGUCUCCCCUGGUGAGGAUGGCUUCUUCCUCCUGCAUCCGCCGCCACUCGUCAGCGUGUCGGUCGUCAGACGAUGCCUCGUCGAUCUGAAUGUCCUCGCUGAUCUCAUCACCACGGUCCUCCUGCCGGUCGGGGGCCUGGGAAGGUGACUCCUCCUCGAAGCGCAUCGAGUAGGGACCCUCCGACGGCUCGGCGAAUGACGGUGUGCGGCCAGCCGCCUGAGCAGCAGCUGCUGCUGUGGAAGAGAUGAUGGGCUCAGGUGGGGCAGCUUCGUGUGCGACCUGCUGCUGUUGCCGCUUGACCUCCUCCAACUCAUGCUCUAGCCGCAGCCUCUUGGCCGUGAGGGCCUCUCCGCCUCCCUCAGCACCACCCUCCUGCCGCGAGCGGCCGGACAGUGGGGGGCUCUCGGGGUGUCGGGGCCGCUCGCGUCGCUUGUGGCGUCGCUCCAUGGCCAUGAGGUGCUCCUUGCGAGUGGUCUUGCGCAUGCGGAUUCGCAGACAGUGCGACUCGUAGUCCUGAAGACAUCUGUCCUCGUACAGCUGCAGCCGCUCCAGCUCGGCGUCGAGGUAGUCGUCGGUUGACGCGCCGCUCUCGCGCAUCUGCUGGGCCUUGACCUCCGCCACCUUGUCGUGCAGCCGGCGCAUCUUCCGCUCGUGUCGCUGCCGGUGGUAGUUGAGCUGCUCGUCCAGGUACUGCUCCUCGAAAUACACCUUCUGCCGGUACUUCUGUAUGAGGGCAGAGGAGUCGACGUCGUCACCGCCCAGGCUCAUGCCGCUGGGGGAGCUGUGCCCGCUGCUGGGCCGGCUGACGUCGCCUCUGCGCCGUCUGUGGUGUCGUGGUGAGGGCGAGGAGGGGCGGAAGUACAUUGGGUCGUGGGGGAAGGAGCCCCGGUCGGAUGUGUCGGAGAACCGGGGGGAGCUCGACAGAGACGAGUAGUCCUGGUGGCGAGAGAAAGGGUGAUGGGGGAGCGGGAGGGAGGGGGGGAUGGCCUGAUUGAUGCACGAACCACCCGACACACAGCACAAGGGUCAAGACGGUCGGCUCGUAAGCACUGUGCGACUUCAUUUACCGUGUCUCCUUCCCGUCUGGUAUCCCUCUCCACCCUGCGAUCACGGUCGGCCCUCUCUCUGUCGGCAGCUGCAGCAGGGGCGGUCUGUGGGGGCUGUGCCGCCAUCUCUUGCGCUCGCAGCAGGUCCUCCUCGUAUCGAGCUUGCUGACGAGCUACACACGCAAACACACAGGAGGCAAGGGGUCAGUCAGUCAGGCAGGCAGGCAGGGAUGUGUGUAAGAUGGGGCUGCCCACAAGUGUUUUCAUUGCAGUCAGUGCUGGGUUAGGUCACCUUCUUGGUGCUGUGCAUGGAUGGCUGCCUCGGUCAAAGCAGCCAUGUGCUGCUGGAGGCGGCCCAAGUCGUCAGCCCUCUGAGUGGCCUCUUGGACAGUCUCCAACUGAGCCAUCUGAUCCAACCCAACACACAACAGCCAGCCAAGGGAGCAUGGACGCACGAGUAGUAAGCACCAUUUUCCCGCAUGCAUCUUUCUUUCUUGCUCACCGCGUUGUUGAACUGUGCUGUCAUCUCUUCAGGCGACUGUGAGAGUGCUUCCCCCGCCUCCAUAGACUCCUCCAGAGGACUGCCCCCCUUCUGCACACCCACCUCAACCCUCCCACCACCAUCAACCUCCAGUCCGUGCUCCAUCUCACCAUCGCCCUCCCUCCGCCAGGCCGACUCAUCCCCCUCCGAUGACGCCACGGCGCCAUCAGACCGGCCCGUGUAGGCCGACACCUCACCAGACACCGCAGCAGCUGCGUUGAACCGGGGGUGGUCGUCCCACCCAUCCCUCAGCCCGAGGGCCGACUCCGGCCGAGCAACGCUCAGUGCGUGGCGGGCCUCCUCGGACAGAUCGUCCCCUCUGCUGGUGCGCCGGUGCUGUGAGAUGGGCGAGAGGGCGCCACUCGUGCCUUCCGUUGCCUCGAUGCUCGUGGUGCUGGCCGCGGGAGGGACACUACUGGCGGCGACAAGAGGCGCAGUCUCACGAUCGACCGUUCUGUCCACCGCUGCGGCAGCUGCUGGGGGGGCGGUGGGCCGUUGUCGGGCAGGGUCAUGCAGGAGCGCCUCCACGACAGGCACGUCGUAUGGCCCACCUGUCCGUGGCACGACUGGCGGAAUGACGGCUGCUGGCGUCUCCUGAAAGCUCUCAAUCGAUGCUGCGCCGCCGAGCGGACGGGCCCGGUCUCGCGCACCGCCGAGCCCCAGAUCAGGGCGGUCGAAUGGUGGCGUGCCCCUGAGCAUCUGCGGCCCCCAAAGUCGGCUCAUCUCCUCCAUGUCCCUCAGCGACUCCUGGACCAUCCCACGCGUGCUGUCAUCCUCGCCAAUGCGGGUGCUGGUGUCGUUGGUCCGUCGUCGGUCGCUCGCCACCCGUCGGAGGCCGCCCUCGCCCCACCCAGGGAUACGCGGCACAGGUGUGGCCAUCUUGGCGGCCAGGGGCGCCGCCUUGGAUCGAUGGUCGAUGGCGUCUUCCGUCUGGCGGUGGGCGACCUCCUCUUCCUCGAAGUCGAGCUCGUCUUGGUCGUCGAUUGACCUUGACACGGUGUGGGAGACGCUGGUGUCAAUCGGCAGAUGGAUGGCGGGGAGGCUCGUGCCGUGAGAGUGGGGCGGGGGCGGGCCAUGGAGGGGUGGCGGGAGCCUAGAGGGCUGUGAGCGGGUGAGGGGGGCGGCGAGCUGGUGGUCUAGGAGGGAUUGAGUCGUCUCACGAGACUUCGACCCUGAGAGUGAGUGAGUAUGACAGAACAAGAGAAGAGACAAGUAGGCAUGCUCAUUGCGAAGGCAAUGCUGUCUGUCGCCGACUCACUGACCUCGCCAGACUCGUUGAAUAUCGGUGGCUGCUUUCUCGUCCCUCUGUCUAGCCCGCUGGCCCGCCUCCUGCAGUGAGGGCUGGCCGGGCGGCCGCUCGCCAGCUGCACCCUCGGAUAGAAAACGGAGCCCUGAGAUACACAAGACACGUUUUGACAGACGCAUGGAACGAUGCAUUGUGUGCGGUGCCGGUGCUUCUCCUACCUCCAAGAUCACUGAAUGAUUCCACAGUGGAGACUUGCCACGGCUCCGCGUCCCUCUCCUCCCGCGGGGGCGUCCUUCUCGCCUGCUCCGCUAUCCUGUCCUCCAUCGGCCGCACACCCUCAACCUCACGCUCACGGCCGUCAGCCUCCGUCUUGCCAGCAGUAGCAGGCCCCUGCUGCUCGGCGCCGCCGACCUCACUGCCACUCACGACGCCGUACCAGUUGUGAUAUUGGUCCAUCAUCUCGUCGGUGCGAUUAGUGAGGCUCUGGAGCAUGCCGGCGGCCUCACGGUGGCUUUUGGGCACGGUGAGGUCCAUCCGGGGAGGCUUGAAGGGCUGGGGCACCUUGCGAUCGGGCGGCUGCUCUCGAUGGGGCUCCACGCUUCUUGGCUUCUUCUGCAGCUGCUUCGUUGGCCCCGCAACAGCGGGUUUUUGUCGAGCUUCUCUGCGGGCAGCGGGGGGUGGCGGAGGCGGUGUCAGCGGACGAGAGCGGAAGCCCCUCGGCGCCGUGGCCACUAUGUCCAUCUCGAACUGAGCGAUGUCGCUCCUCAGAUCCCCAAAGGGGCCAGCCUUCGGUCGUUCCGUCAGCUCCUCUGCGGCCUCCUUCGGUGGCACAGACUGAGACCGAUCUGCCGUCGUCCCUCUCUGAGCAGGUCCUGAAGCCGCUCUGACCGUCUUGGUCGCCACAGGUGGCCUCGUGCGCUGAGUGGGGCGGGUAGCUGGAGCGACAUCGACGCCUUCUCCCUCCGCAGGUGGCGGCAGCGACGUGCCCCGAUCACUCUUGGGCUUUGGCGGCGGGGGAGGGUUGCGGUAGUAGGCGUCGAGCCGCCGGACGUUGUCGCGUCUGUGUUGGCCCUCCUCCCUCUCCCGCUGCUGGCGCGCCGCCUCGGCCAUCUUGCGGAUGCGCACGCGCUCCUGCGCCUUCUUGACCUGGUCAUCGACGGGAGGCGCCUUUUCUGUCUCAGCGGGCCUGCCCACGGCCACAGCCACCGCCAUGCCGGGGAUGACAGGGCUCGCCAGUGGAGGAGACCGGGAAGUGGAGGGCUCACGACGGGAUGUCAGAUCGCGAGACGCCGCCGGCACCGAUGGCGGACGGUGUGCGGCCAUCGGGCGGCCUGCCUUGUGUGUGGGAGGACGUUGUGCUGGUCGGACAGUGGCACUUGAGGGACGGGCGGGCGCUGCUGAUGCUGGUCGGCCUACUGCGGCCACUGGUGCCUCCCCGGCGGCCUGGUGCUGUCGGGUCUUCUUCGUCAUUGCGAUGCGCUGUCUGCGGGAAUCGUCUUCUUGCUUCUUGCGCGUCUCCGUCUCGCGGAGCAGCCCCUGCGCCAUCUCAGUCAGCUCCAUAGGCACAUGCCUGCGCAGGCACAAAAGACAGACAGACACACAGAUGGAUGUCUCGCCAUGCUCACAUGCGCAUCGCAUGCACCCCAUCCUCAGUCAUCUGACUGACACACCUGUCGGCCUGUUUUCCUUCGUCCGCAGCCGGGGCCCCGAUGUCGGCCACAGUGCUCACCGGACGAUCCGUGUCCAAAUCCCCCACACCAACACCAACAUUAACAUCAGAAGCAGCAGCAGCAGCAGCCGCACCAGCACCACGAGCAGCGGGAGGGGGGGACACGGCGGCUGGUCUCGUGAACGCAUUUGCCAGCUCCUUGAGCACUGCCGCUUGGAGCUGCUUGUUUUCAUCUCGUGCGGAGGGCUGACGGGCGCUGGAGGGCCGGCGGUCGGUCUUGGGCCGCUCGGCAACGACCUUUGGUGGCUCCUUUGGGCUGACAUGCGCACUGGCCCUGGUGGGACGGGGAGGGGAUGGCUUUGGGGUGGUGGACGGGCGGAACGCCUGACGCAUACAUCACAUCCAAACACACCCAUGCCAGUACAGUAAGGGUGAGCGAAUUGGUUGAUGCGUUGGCGUACCUGAGCGAUUUGUCGGUAUGCGUUGGCAGGCGACGCACCCCCACUCUUGACAGCAACACCUACACCUGCCCGACCUGACCAAACAGCCGGCCGAAACCACCAACAGUAAGGCAGUGGUAGUUGUUGGCUGUGUCCUUCUUUGGUGGUCCAUCCAGCCUCGCUCGCUCACCUAUGGCUGGUUCCUCCUUGGUGCGCAUCUCGGCACUUGUGUCGAGCCCCACGGGACCGCCCGCCCUUCUCGCCGACGACGACCGUGGCGCGGGAGGGCGGGGGCUGGGCCGGCGCGCCUCCUUGAAACCACGAGGGGCCAGCGGGGCCGCACUGUGCAGCCGGGCACCUGGUCUCGGCACAGCGGGAGGCCGCGUCUCGUGUGCUGCUGCUGCUGGUGCCUCCUUUGGAAGCUCCUGUGCCGUCUUGUCCUUGGGGGGCUCCCUCGAUGGCUCCCUGCUCUUGGCCACAGGGCCAGGCUUCCUUGCCCCGGACCCCGAUGAUGAUGCAUUGCGCAUCCGCUCCAGUGCGUCGAAGUCGCCUCCCAUGGACCGGAUGGCAUCCGCGGCUCUAGUGAUCGGCACUCGCUGUGGCGGCCCCUGAUCCAGUAAUCGUGCCUCCUUGCUCUCCUCAAGUGGUGCAGCAGGGGGAGCCGUUGGCUCCACCGCCGCAGCCUUCCCCACCCUGGCAGCUGUUGACGGGCCAGCUGGAGGCCUCGCACCCCUCAUGGCCGCACGACCAGUGUGCGAUUGUUGCUGCUGCUGUUGUUGGUCCGGUAGAGUUGGCUUCAAGCCCACUGGUGGCUUCCUCUCCUUGGGCAGGGGAGUCCUCUUCCGCACCCCAGCACGGUCGGCUUCACGGUCACUCGUCUCGCCCCUGGACUGCUGUUGCUGCUGCUGCUGCUGCUUGUCUGUCGAUGCCGACCGGCGAGAUGCCCCAGCCGCAGCUGGGGGGGCAUGGGCUGACGAGGCGCGUUGCUGUGGCACUCCUGCACGCUUGCGGUCCUCAGGUCGAAACGAAUCGGCAUUCUGCGUCCCAGCAGCUGGGGGUGCGCCCGUAACGACAGCAGGUGGGGGCAAUGGACGGUCGAGUGGCAUUUGCCGCCGGGCUUGCGAUGCCUCCUGCAGCGGGGGAGGGGGGCCGGGUGAAUUCUUGCGCGACGGCAGCAGACUCUGGCCCUCCGGGCUGCCGAGGAAUGAGUCCAGACUGGCCUGGUCGACACGAAUGUCGCGGAUGGUGCCCUCACCGGGCACAUGAGCAUCUACACGGACAUCAAACCGCAUGGCCGGCGGCGGCUGGAGAGUCGGGGAGCGCAUGGCCGACUGAGGGGUGAGGAUCGGCGAUAGGGGGGUCUUGACCUCACUCACAGCCGCCGGGCGUGUGUCCUUGGCUGGUGCAGGGGGCGAUGGUGGUGCGGGUGGGUGAGCGGCAGGGAUGGCCGGCCGUGAUGGCUGCUGCUGUGUCUGGGCGUGCGAUGAGUUGUAGUCGAAACGAAAGGCUCUAGUAGGUACCCCUGAACACAAAGGAGCACACGGGAGUAGAAGGGUGGAUGGGAUGAGUGCAGUGCAUGCGAGGCCAGCUGCACGUUGUCGUUUGGCUCACGUUCUCUGUCUAUGGACCCCGUGUGAAUGGACUGGCCAGGGACCUGCAUGCAGUCAGACAACCCAAAACGCACCAGAGUGAUACCCCUGUGGCCUCACUGCCUCCCCAGAUGGCCUGCACACCUGCCUUCUCUUGCCGUGGCCGUUCCUUACCAUUCCUCGGGCGCCACUGCUGUUGUAAGGCGUCAAUCGCCUCGCUGCAGGUCCCAGCUCGACUUUGACCUCAUCGGUCAUGCGACGGACCUUCGUUGUGUUGUCUGACAUCUUGUCCUCGUGCUAUGCAACGCUCCCGAACCAAAUCUACAGCGUCACGUCGAUACUUUUCUUGCUAUUCGUCUAAAUGCAUUAAAUGAAUGCCGCCAGGUCCUCGCUGUUGUCGCCAAAAGCAAAACAGGAGCACCA